GUCUCCUCCACUCCAAGAGCUGAUCCCAUCAAACAGUAGAUCACAUUUGGGUUGAGAUGUCUGCUGUUGUGUUGAGUCCGGAGAAAAGGGUUUACGUAUCGAUCAAACCAUACAAUCAAUUGAAAAGUCCGAAAAUAUGUCUUUCGUUGGACUCAAGCGAUGAGACAAUUGAUGGUAAAGAGGGUCACAAUGGAUGCCAAUCGUGUCCAGUAUUGAAACGAAUGGUUGUCCACAAAGACACUGCCAUUAGACGACUGUCCGAAGACAGGGAACAAUUGAAACUGAAAUUAACGCAAAUUAAUAAUCAAAACAUUGAAUUAAAGCAAACGCUUAAACGAUUGCAAUCGCAAGACAGCGGUUCCGCUGCCAUCGAAAGCAAUGAGAAGUACGUGACUCUGAAGGCCAGUAACGAUGAAUUGGUGGCAAUCAAU